CCAGAGCCCGAGUUCUUUUUUUAUCUCCGGAGCCCGAGCCGCUCUCCCCAGGCCCGCGGACCCUGAUCGCGCAGCAGCGGCCCCGUGUCUGACAUUGCUGAGGGUGGGAAACCCUCACCACUCCUUUCCAUCUUUCUCAGACAGCUUUGCCCAGCCUGCCCCAGGGAUGGAGUCCCUCCCUGAAGCAGUCCUGAUCCGAAUCCUGGCUUCCAUACCUGCGGUGGAUCUGGUGCUGGUGUGCCGCCUGGUCUGCUGCCAGUGGAAAAACCUGGUUGAUGGAGCUGAGCUUUGGAUCCUGAAGUGUCAGCAGGAAGGCAUCACCAGAGAUGAGUCAGAUGCAGAGAACUGGCAAAACUUCUACUUCCUGAGUAAGAAAAGGAAGAAUCUCAUCAAGAACCCAUGUGGUGAAGAAGACUUGGAGCACUGGGGAGAGGUAGAGAAUGGAGGUGAUGGCUGGAAAAUUGAAGAGCUCCCAGGGGACUUUGGAAAAGAAUUUCCUAGUGAAGAAGUCCAUAAAUACUUUGUUACAUCUUAUGAGUGGUGUCGAAAGGCUCAGGUCAUUGACCUGAGGGCUGAGGGCUACUGGGAAGAGCUGAUGGACACAACCCAGCCUAAAAUCAUGGUAAGAGACUGGUAUGCAGGACGCAGAGAUGCUGGCUGCCUCUAUGAGCUGUGUGUGAAGCUUCUCUCUGAGAAUGAGGAUGUGCUGGCUGAGUACAAAAGUGAGACUGUCACCAUCCCACAGGAAAAUGAUGGCAGCUGGAGUGAGAUCUCCCACACCUUUUCCAGCUAUGGGCCUGGGGUCCGUUUUGUCCGCUUUGAGCACGGUGGCCAGGACACGCUGUUCUGGAAGGGCUGGUACGGUGUCCGUGUCACCAACAGCAGUGUGACAGUGGAGCCAUAGCUGUGUCUAAGCAGGAUCUGCAUGCUGACUUCCCUCAGGGCAUCCCUUAGCCUUUGGAUGGUUUCUGCAUGGUGCUGCUUCUGGCUAUAAGGCCUUUCUGCAUAGGAACACGCGUGCAAGAUGCCAGGAGCCACCACCCAUCCUUCCUCAAGAGGACUAUGCAAAGAAUGUGAAUGAAUUUGUGAAUGCACCACAAGACUCAGGCUCAGCCCUUGCACUGAUGUUCUCUGUCAGACAGGAGAUCACCUAAAAAUCCUGCAGACCUCCUCUCUUAAGUCUCUAGUCCCCAGAACCCAGCCUGAGUCAGAUCUCUCUCCUGCCUGCUUCCAGACUUGGGCACCCCUUAACUUGAAGGGAUACUUUAUUUUCUGAAAGCUAGUGUGGAAAGAAAAGAAUAAAGAAAACCACAGAUCAAAGCAUAGCAGGGAAACCCAGAGCCUGUCCCCAACUGUUUCCAUGACCUGCAGUGAGAACCUUGGCUUCUCCCAUUUAUAAAUGGGUAACAUUGUUUAGCACAGAGGGCCUCGAGCUUGGCUGUCAGUGCUGUUAGUUUAAUUUUCAGUGAUAAUGCAAAGCAAGAGAUACUGAAUCCUUUUCUCUUGCACUGUUCCCAGCAUCCAUUUAUCAAGGAAAGUGUUGGGAAGAGAAACCUGUCUGGUGUCCAACCCUGGGGCUUCAGGGAGCUCCCUCAGAUAGAUGGCAUCUGAGAAUAAUUGUUAAGGGAGAGAGAUGACAACAACUUAGGGGAACAGGUUAGAAAAAAUUGGGGGAUAGGGUCCAGGAACAAAUGAAAGCAAACUCAUUUACCCCUUCCUGGCCUCUGCAUGCUUCAUGCAACAAGCCUCCUGUCAUCCAGUGUGACUGCUAGCAGGACACAGAAAGCUGUUGGCUUUUCCACCUCUACUGAGUGUCUGCAAGCAGAACAUGUCUGCCUCGUGCUUGCUGACAGGACAGCACUUCAUCUCCCACUUGUGCUUCUUGAUAUCACUCAGGGCUGUGAGCCCCAUCCUGAACAGACCCCUGAGUUUUCCUGAACCAAGACUGUCCCUGCUAGUUAUUCCACUCAGAAGAGCAUCUCCUAACAGAGCUGGUGUUGCCUAGGGAGUGUAUUUAUAUUUUUAUAUCCAUCUGUCUGUCUUCCAUCCUGGGCUGCCAUUUAAGUGCCCCCUCACAUGUGCAGUGACUGCUACUGCCUGCAGCCAAGGGAAAGAGCUUCCCACCUGGACACUGUGCCUGCUGCUUCCUCAGGCUUCCUGCCCAGCUGCAGCCAGGUGCCACACACACCCAGAGUCCAGGCAAACAUAAUAAAGUGACACGACUGUGUGUGGAUUUCCUCUUGUGUGCUGGGUAUUUGUCCCCCGUGCUGAUUGUGUGGAGCAUGUCAGGCAGUUCUCUCUGAAAGCAGGAGUUGUUUAUUGUGUGUAAUGCCAUGGGUGGCCCUGGAAGAGGUUCAUGCUCUGCUCCCCAGCAGCCUGGAGCUGUGGGAAGCACUUGAUGUGCAAUGGGUCUGCAGUGUAACAGCAAGCAGAAGUGCAUUUCAAACAGUGGCAAUUCUUUCAAGGCACAGAGAAGGUAGAGGAAGGAUUCUACAGAGUCCAGCCCUGCUGCACACCCUCCAGGGCACUUGGCACUAGCUCUGCUGUGAGUUCAAGCUUAGUUGUGACCCAGGAGACACCAGAAUCAGUUCAGAAUUUAAUUAUUUUCCUUGCCUUACCCCUGCACACGCUGUCAUGCAGGGCUGUUUUACCCACCCUUAGUCUUUAAUGCAGCUGUUAAUUAAUAUUCAGCUCACUGCCAGCUCCCUGCCCCACAGAAGAAACAAUCCCUCCAUUUGUUCCUAAGGAAUCAGUAAAGUGAGAGGAUCAAUAUUUCACACCUCAGUGCAACUGUUAAACUGAACCUCUCCUAAGUCUCCAUCUUACAGUCAGGAUAAACCUCAGGAUUAAUGAUAUUGUGGCCCUUGUACAUAGGAGGUGGGACCAUGGUCCCCACUUGGGGUUUAUCUGGGCUGAAGCACUAAACACACACAGCCUCCCCAGCACCUCUGGUACACUGAAUGCAGCUGCCCAAGGCCUUUUCUCCCCUCUCUUUAUGCCUGCACCCCACAAUUCACAGGGCUGUCAGACAACCUGCAAAGCUUGUCCUGACCUUCCCACUCCCCUCCAAGAGGUGUUUUUGCAGACACUCGGUGCCUGCAGCCUCGUUACUCACAGAGCUGCUCACAAAAGCCACUGCUGACCUCAGGGGAGCAAUUACUCCUCACAUUCAGCCAUGUCAGUACUGGAUUCCCAAAGCAAGUGAGUGUCUGGGUACAUGGGGAAAAAAAACCUCUUGCUCACAUAUUUUGUUCCAAAUGCCUUUUGAAUUUUGAUCAAACACUGUAAAUCCGGAUACACUGCAGCAUACACGUACACCCAGUUCCAAGGCAAUAUCAAUUCAGAGAUAUAAUGGCUUCUCACACCUUACAGACCUCAUGGAAAUUGAGAUGAUGCAAUUUCAUAGGAUUACAGAAACUAAGUGUAACUGUGACAAAAGGCCUUACAUGUAUUAAAUCUCCCAGCUGCUGCAGGGUGCUGUCACCCACCACUUCAAUGUGGCUUCUUUCUGCUGGCCAGCACCAGUGAGCAGCUGUGUGGCACUACACAGUAUCUCCUUGGAACACUAGUGAUCAAUGCAGAUGUGUGCUGUACAGACAGAAAAAGACACAAAAAGACACAAAAAGACACAAAAAAAGACACAAAAAGGUCUGCCCACGUGAUUUAAAUCAGAUAUUUGCAUCCCCCAGACUCAGAGUACUUAGAAAUCUGAGCAUUAAAACACAAAGAUUGAGUCUUGCUGAAAAAUUCAUGAUGAAGAAAGAAAAAAAUUCCCAAAGAGCCAAAACCACCCAAAAGGGUCCUGUCCCAGUCUUGAUCAUGGCAACAAAAGCUGCAGAAAGGGCUAGUGUUCCUUUGCACAUCAUGCCCACAAGGCACCCCAGCAGUGCUGAGCUACACUGAACACAGAAGCAUUUUCCAAACACCCACAGUGGGAUGGAACAGGUGGAUGAUGGAACUGCAGAGUUUAAGACAGAAACAUUUCACUCUUUGCCAAGACACCACGUGAACCCCUCUUACCCCAGCUGUUUUAACACUCCCAGGCACCAGGAGAGGCCCUAGCACAGCACAACAUCCCUGUUCUGCUCUUACCUUGUACUUGGUGUCUGCAGUUGUACAAGAUAAUAAUAUUAUUAUUAUUUUCUGUAAAUAAUAAUAACUGCAAUUUUCUUUUCUACAAAGCCCACUAUAAUUAAUCUUGGAUAUAAAUACCAUCAUAGUUUAAAGGGGUUUGUUGGUUUGUUUUCUCUUUUGGUUUUUCCCCCUCUCUUGGGAUUUUUAGGUUUUGUUGUUGUUGUUGUUGGUUUUGGUUGGGUUUUCUUGUGUUGGUUUUGUGGUGGAUUUUUUGUUUGUUUUUUGGGGGUUUUUGUGUGUUUUGGUUUUUUGGUUGGUUGGUUGAUUUUUUUUCAUAUUAACUUCUACAGCAAGUCUCUUGCAGAGGAACAGAACAGAGCAAUAUGGGGUCCUGGCAAGGAAGCACUAUCAUACAUCUCCUGUCAAAUCAAAUUGAAUUUUUCUAUAUGAAGCAUCUAUUAUUGCCCACCUGGGGGGUUGUGGACAGAUUGAGGAGUUUUCUCCCCCACUAGGCAACUCAAGAUUGGGGAUGGGACAGUUGGGGGAGAAAAUAAAAGUAAUCUAUCUGAGAAUUCCCUGUUGCUUGCAGCCCAGCUGUUCUAGCCAAUUGUAAAAGGGAGGGUUUAGGAACUUGAUUCCUUCUAAAUCAGUUUACAGAGGCUGGGAAUGGCACUUCCUGAAAAGACAGGCUAGCAAAGCAUCAACUACUGCAGCAGAGAAAUCCACCCCAAAACUGUAGCAGAAAUUAGCAGAUUGACAGAUUAUUCUGAGUUGGAAGGGACCCAAAAUGAUCAGAGUCCAACUCUUAAGUAAACCCAGCCCACAGCCUUGGUGUUAUGAGUUAUUAGCACAAAAUGAGAUAAUCUCAGGGUCAGGUCUCAAUAGGGUCACCUGCCUGACACUUGAGGAAGAGAUGUCACAGGUACAGAUGUUAUAGAUACAUUUUAUAUUGUUGGCUUUUCACAAAUAUUAAAAUGAAUGUUAUGUGUAUAAGAAUGAGAAAUUUUGUUGUAUUAAUAUAGUUUUCUUUAUUUCUGUUAUUGAUGAAAUUUAGAAAUAGUGGUAUAAUACAUAUAUGUUAGGCUAUGGCAUAGCAUUAAAAUAAAAACUGCUUUUGUUUGUAUAACCCAAAG